AUGACAAUUACCGUGAAGUCGGAAGGGAUUGAGCCGGACACAUCAAUCACCGUCAAGUCGAAGACUUACAUGGAGGAGCUUUCUGAAGCCGUUAUUUGUGCGCAAGAGAGCGAGCAUGCCGGCUACGCCUUCGUCGGACGUAUCCUCUACACCUGGGCUUCGUCGAGCCGCGUCCUUGGCGAGCACAAGGGAACCCUGCAAAUCUUCCCUCAAUAUAGACUGGUAGAGCCCAAAUGGACGAAAGUCAAACCCGUGCUAGAGGCGGAGGCGGGUUCAUCAAAGGCGGGGGAAAAGGAGGGGGCGACGGGCGAGGGAGUUGCGGACAAGGAGACGGCGAAGAAGGAGGGGACUACGCAUGACGGGGGAUCAAAUGGGAGGCAGGAAAGCCCGGAGGCAAAGAAGACGAAGAAAAGGAAGGGGAAGAAGAAGAGGAUGAAGAAGGGCAAUGUAUCGCGGCGCUCACCUCCGCGGGUGUGUAUCCCGGACUUUGCAGCCUUUGUCUUGUCUCGAGACUCGCCUGAUGCUGAGACUUCCACCAAGGCGCCUGUGUUCCUCUGGGAAUGCAAGGCGACGUCCACUCGGCACAACUGGUCGGAUCCACAGGCGCGCGGAUCCGCCGGCUUGGUGAUACAAGGCCUGAUGCCACAGCUCAGGGAGCAGGCUGACAUGGUCAUGAGGAUCUACGAAAUCGACAGCUGCUACAUCUUUCUGCGUUCGGGGCUGCACUUCAGCUUGCUCAACUUCAUGCGGGUCGCGUCUGCGCCUGCAAAACGUAUCAGGCCUGCAUUGCAUCGGGCAAGUUCUGAUCCAUCCUUGCACCUCGAGUUCUCGAACUCGUUCUUCAAGCUGCCGGAUGACAAGAAAGCCGAGGGUGAUCCGUCGCCUGAUAUUCAGAAACUCGCCCAAGAAAUUCUGACCGAAGAGCUAGAGGAGCUGCAAACCGCCGUAGACGAGUUGAUCGCUGCUAUCAAUCACCGCUCAUUGAGUCGCUCGGACCGGGGGGAUCCUGACUACGAGGCAUCCACCGACGAAGAUUCGCAGAUCCCGCCGCGUAUUCAUGAGACACGCGGAAGGAAACGCAGGCUUGACAAUGGAGGGCAGCAGCAUAACGGUGUCAUCGGCACCUGGGAAGGCAGCGAGAAUGGUGAUGAUAGCGAUUCGGACGAGGAUGGUUCUGAUAGCGAUGAGGAGGAUGAAAGCGAUGAGGAGGAUGAAAGCAAUGAGGAGGAUGAUAGUGGCAAGGAGCAGGAUGGCGAUGAGGAGGAUUAG